AUGGCCUGGUUGAUGGUUACGUUCUUGGACAAGGUGUAUCUAAAAAGUCAAAUUAUCCAAGAUGAUUGUGCUGUGCAACUAUUGAAAUUCUUCGAGGAAGAUACACCUUCAAAAUCAAUCAAUACUCCUCUUGAUCACAAAUUCUUCAUUUCCAUCCUUCUCGAUUCCACCCGGAGAGAUUUUCAAGCACACGGAAAAGAGACCACAUCAGUCGCGAUGGCUCCCUUCGAUGACAACGCUCCAGAUAUCAUUUCCAACUUAAGCAAUAGCAAUCCCACCAAAAGUAUCCAAGAAUGGCCCGGAUUACCUUCCGAUUCCGAGGAAACAGAAGCUCCAACCACGAUUGCAUAUUCACGCAAUGCGAAUGGUAGACAUGAAACCUUUGGAUUUAGCUCGGGAGGGGGUGUAAGAGAUAUGCCCGAAACUGUUGACGAAGCAAAAUAUUUCGUGACGGGUUAUCCACAUCAGAUUUAUAUGCACGUGAAACUGUGUAUUGAAGCAAUUACCGGGAGUUGGAAAGAGAAAAGGAUCGAAUUUGUUUUUAGCCUUCCCACCACCUGGGAUGCUCAAGACACGGUCAAUAGAUUCAUAGAAGCGAUGAGUGCGGCAGGCUUCACAUCUCAAAAUCCAGAUAAGCAUUCGGCGAAAUUGGAAUUGAGCGAAGCUGAAGCUGCAGCUGUUUAUUUUGUGACAAAUUCUGAAAUCGAGCUUGAGAAAGGAGAUAUCAUCCUCAUUUGUGAUGCAGGUGGAGGAACGACCGACCUUGGUCUUGUCAAAGUAGCGGAUCCAAGCCCAGAAAGACCAGCAUUGAAGCAGGUAGCAAAAGUUAAGGGUGUUGGUACCGGAUCGACAGUGAUUGAUCGAGCAUUCGAACGUCUCGUACCGAAUCGAUUGGAUGCGUAUCCCGACAUAGAACUUCCAGAUAAUCCUGCACAUAAACUAGCGAGAAGUUCAUCCUUUCAGUCUAUUCAACAUAAUUUCGGAACGACUUCAGAACUAAAUCACCCGGGAAUUCGGAUUGAAAAAGGUGGAAUGCAACUUUCAAGAUUCGAAAUACAACAUCCGUUUGACGUGCAAAUUUCUGGUAUAAUACGUAAAAUCGACAAACAACUAGAUUGGAUGCAAACGCAUAGAAGCCAUGAUGAUGUGAAAUUCCUUGUCUUGAGUGGCGGUCUUGGAGGUUCACAAUAUGUCAAGACCAAGAUUGAAGAAUACUUCUAUCGAAAUCCUCGCCAAAUAGCGCAUCAUGGAAGGCGAAGAAUAAAAGUUGGAUCGGCGACUCUGAAAACUAGAGUAGCGAGAGCAAGUUAUGGUGUCUUAUGUCGUCAGGAAUACGACCCCGCGAUUCAUGUAGGAGAAACCAUCGUAACUGAUCCUUACAACAAGAAGCAGAAAUGGGCGACGAUGCAAAUUGACCCAUUAUAA